CCCGCCAUCGCCCCGCGGCCGCAUCCACCAUGGUCGACCUAUCCAUCGAUGAGGUAAAUAAGAUUCGUCUUUCCAUGGGCCUUCCCGCCCUCCCAGGUGGAAGUGCCUCUGCAGCGCCCGCCGCGUCCUCGGGCCUGGACUUCAAGGCUGCCAAAGAUGGCGACGAUUCCGACGACGAGCCGGCCAGCACCAUCGAGACGCGCGAGGCCGCCGCCUCCGACAACUGGAAGAAACUCGAGCAAGAAAGACUGGCCAAGAUUAGGCGCGAAGAGCGCGCGACUGCCAUCAAGAAAGAGCGCGAGAGGGCGUCGCGUCUCAUGAAGCUCGAGGGCAAAGGGCUGGCGGACGAAGAGGACGUCGACGACGAUUUGGCUUGGUUGAAGAGCAGCAAGAAGCGCCAGAAGAAGAUUGCCAAGGAAGAGCAGAUGCGCAAAGAGCUCGAGGAGCGUGAGCGCCAGGCCCUCGAAGCCAUGCAGUACACCGACAAAGAUCUUGCGGGUAUCAAAGUGGGACACGAAGUCGACCAAUUCGACGACGAAGACCAGAUUCUGGUCCUCAAGGACACUGCGGUUGACGCCGAAGACGAAGAUGAGCUGGAGGCGGUUGCGCUGAGAGAGAGGGAGCGGCUUCAAGAGCGGCUUGAUUCCAAGAAACGAAAGCGCGCCUACGACCCCAACGACAUGGACGAGUCGGGCCAGAAGUCGAUCCUGGCACAAUACGAUGAAGAGAUUGAGGGCAAGAAGAGCAAGGCUUUCACGCUAGAUGGCAAGGGCCGUACUGUUGAAGAUGUUGAGGCCGAGGCCCAAGGCGUUGCAAAGCCAAAGAAGGUUGCUAUCAGCCUAGACAUACUCAAAGAAGACGCGCCCGCAAAUGACUACAUGGAUGUGUCGGAAGUGAAGAUGAAGAAGCCUAAGAAAAAGAAGAGCAAGAAGUCCAAGCGGGAGCGCGUCGAGGACGAUGAAGAAAUGCUCGCCGUACCCGCUGACGAUCCUGCCGCCGACGACAUGGAUGUUGAUGGAGAAGCCACCGCGCCACAACAAAAGAAGAAGAAGGUCUUUGACGAAUCGUUUGUAGACGAUGACGAUCUCCAGGCGGUCCUCGCGGCCCAGCGCCAAAAGGCUCUGAAAAAGCGCAAGAAGAUGCGGCCAGAAGACUUGGCGCGACAACUACGCGAAGAAGCCUCUACCCCUCAACCUGACGUUGUCGAAUCUACAGAAGACAACGAUGGCGGAUUGGUCAUUGACGAGACAACCGAGUUUGUCCAGAAUUUGGGUACUGCUGGUGACGAUGAAGAAGAAGCACGCCGCAAGCGUAGGAAGUCGAGCCAUAUUUCAGAAGGCACCAAGUCAAUGGGUGAUAUUCCGGUCGCUGACGAAGACGGCGAUGUGGAGAUGGGCCAGUCAUACGCCGAAGCAGCCGAAGCGGAAGAGGCAAGGAACCGCAGUGUCUCUCGUGCUCUCUCCACAGACAUCACCGAAACGGGUCUUGAGGCCGAGAAGACGGUUGACCAAGGCUUAGGGGCCACACUUGCGCUGCUCAAGCAACGAGGAUUGGUGACCGAAAGCGACGCUGGCGAGAAACACGCCCUGUACCGCGAGCGCCAGAAGUUCCUUGCUGACAAGUUCAAAGCUGAAGCUGAAGCUGAACGCCAACGCAAGAUUGCACGUGAGCGCGAGCGGAACUCUGCCCGUUGGAAUAACAUGACGCCUCGCGAGCGUGAAGAAUGGGCUCGCAAAAACAACACCAGCGCCGACAUGGUCGAGAGCCGUCGUCUCGCUGAGCUCUUUAACAAAGAGUAUACACCCAACAUUGAACUCAAGUAUGUCGAUGAGCACGGCCGUCAGAUGAACCAGAAAGAGGCGUUCAAGCAGCUCAGUCACCAAUUCCACGGCAAGGGUAGCGGCAAUACAAAGACCAAAAAGCACCUUGAAAAGAUAGCAGCCGAGAAGAAGAAGAUGGCUGAGAGUUCACUUGAAGCUAGUCGAAGCGGAGGCGGUGGUCUGGGCAAUGCAUUUGACGACCAGGCGAAGAAGAAGGGUACCGCUGGUGUCCGCCUGCAAUAAGCCUGUGGCUUAAAACAAGACAUCUGGACCGCUAUCCAACGCUGGCAAAAUGUUGUACGACGGCGUCGUGCUUUGGACACAAAAGGCCGUUUCCCUUUCAGCCGUGAUGAUUGGUAUGACACCGAUUUGUUUUGCAGUUGAACUGAUAUACCAGGUAUCAUGCUCCGUCACCAUCAGUCGACGAUUUGCUGUGUUGUAGGCAUUGUCGGCAUUCCCAGCGUAAGUAAUGAGUUGUAGGCUUGAUAUUGCAAGGUAAGUCGAUGCUUGGUGAUGUGUCGUCAUCGUGAUAUAGCUCCCGUGACAAGGCUACGGGGUAUAUACGGCCAAACUAUGGUUUUCUAAGAUGAAACAAU